GCAAACAUGCCUGAGCCGGCCAAGUCCGCCCCCGCGCCCAAGAAGGGCUCCAAGAAAGCCGUGACCAAGACGCAGAAGAAAGGCGACAAGAAGCGCAAGAAGAGCCGCAAGGAGAGCUACUCCAUCUACGUGUACAAGGUGCUGAAGCAGGUGCACCCGGACACGGGCAUCUCGUCCAAGGCCAUGGGCAUCAUGAACUCCUUCGUCAACGACAUCUUCGAGCGCAUCGCCGGCGAGGCGUCGCGCCUGGCGCACUACAACAAGCGCUCCACCAUCACGUCGCGGGAGAUCCAGACGGCCGUGCGCCUGCUGCUGCCCGGCGAGCUGGCCAAGCACGCCGUGUCCGAGGGCACCAAGGCUGUCACCAAGUACACCAGCUCCAAGUAG